GUUUCGGUGGAGCUGGCCAUGAUGUUACGGUUCCUGGUGGCUGCCCUCUUCCCAGCUGUGAUCCUGGCCGCGCCGCCCCCCAUUAACAAACUGGCCCUUUUCCCAGACAAGAGCGCGUGGUGCGAGGCGAAGAACAUCACCCAGAUUGUGGGGCACAGCGGCUGCGAGUCUAAGUCCAUCCAGAACAGGGCCUGCUUGGGACAGUGCUUCAGCUACAGCGUCCCCAACACCUUCCCUCAGUCUACAGAAUCCCUGGUGCACUGUGACUCCUGCAUGCCCGCACAAUCCAUGUGGGAAAUCGUGACGCUGGAUUGCCCGGGCAACGCCGAGAUCCCCCGAGUAGACAAGCUGGUGGAGAAGAUCCUCCGCUGCAGCUGCCAGGCCUGCGGGAAGGAGCCGAGCCACGAGGGGGCGCUGUUCAACGUCUACCUGAACGCAGAGGAGAACCUGCCCGCCGAGGGCCCCAGCCCCCAUCACUACGCCCACCACCAGCAGGAGGCGGAAGAGGCUCCCGUCUCCAACCGCCACCGCGAGGAGGAGGGGGGUGAGGAGUGA